AUGCAUUCCAGGCUAGGGUUUCUCUUGGCAUGCAGCAAACAAUCCUCACUUCUAUCUAGUCUUGCGCCAUCUAAUGAUCAUCGUAAUGGCGGGUCUCUCCGGCGAAUUCUGUCGAAUUAUUUAUUCUCUGGAGGGGGAUUAGGACGCCGAGGCUUUUGUGGUUACGCUGCCGAGCAGUUCUCCGACGAUGAGUACGAAUGCGAUUACGAGAAUAAUCCGGCAUCGUCCUCUGUGGCCAACAUUGACGAGUGGAAAUGGAAACUUAGCUUGCUACUACGUAGUGAAAAGGACCAAGAAAUUGUCUCCAGGGAUAAAAGGGAUAGGAGAGACUAUGAGCAAAUAUCUAAUCUUGCCAAAAGGAUGGGGCUUUACAGUGAAAUGUAUGGAAAAGUGGUGGUAGCGAGCAAGCUUCCACUCCCCAAUUACAGGCCAGAUCUUGAUGAUAAACGGCCUCAACGCGAGGUGGUUAUACCACUAAGUUUGCAAAGGAGAGUAGAGGGUUUGCUUCAGGAACAUCUUGACAGAAUGCAGCUGAGUUCUGGAAAGCCCCAUGGAAAUUCAGAUGAAACAAUGUCAAACAAUCAAGUUGAAGAUCUGGACACCAAUGAAAACCCAGAUUCUUUCCUAGAUGGGUCUGUCAUGGAGAAGAUCCUCCAGAGGCGAAGCUUGCGCAUGCGUAAUAUGCAGAGAGCUUGGUUGGGAUCAUCUGAAGGCCGGAAGAUGCUAGAUUUUCGGAGAUCUCUCCGUGCAUUCAAGGAGAAGGAGAGGCUGCUUCAAGCAAUUGCAAGGAAUCAGAUCGUUGUAAUUUCCGGGGAGACUGGAUGUGGUAAGACCACCCAACUUCCUCAAUAUAUAUUGGAGUCUGAAAUCGAGUCUGGUCGUGGAGCAUUCUGCAGCAUAAUUUGUACACAGCCUCGAAGAAUAUCUGCAAUGGCUGUUGCAGAAAGAGUGUCAACGGAGAGGGGAGAGCCUGUUGGUGAAUCAGUUGGCUAUAAAGUUCGAUUAGAGGGAAUGAAAGGAAAGAAUACCCACUUGCUUUUUUGCACAAGUGGUAUUUUGCUUCGGCGGCUGUUAAGCGACCGCAACCUCAAUGGUAUAACUCAUGUUUUUGUAGAUGAAAUUCAUGAGCGAGGCAUGAAUGAAGACUUUCUCCUGAUUGUGUUGAAGGAUCUUCUUCCACGACGUCGAGAUUUGAGAUUGAUUUUGAUGAGUGCUACAUUGAAUGCUGAACUAUUUUCAAAUUACUUUGGAGGAGCACCAACAAUUCAUAUUCCGGGCUUCACAUACCCGGUGAGGGCACUUUUUUUGGAAGAUGUAUUGGAAAUGACUGGAUAUAAGUUAACUUCGUUCAACCAAGUCGACGAUUAUGGCCAAGAGAAGAUGUGGAAAACCCAAAGACAGCUGGUGCCACGGAGAAGGAAAAACCAAAUCACUGCUCUUGUUGAGGAUGCCCUUAGUAAAUCAAGCUUUGAGAAAUACAGCUCCAAGGCACGUGAUUCUCUGUCAUGUUGGACACCUGAUUGCAUUGGCUUUAAUCUUAUAGAGGCUGUUUUAUGCCAUAUAUGUCGGAAGGAAAGAUCAGGUGCUGUGUUAGUAUUUAUGACUGGCUGGGAAGAUAUAAGUUGUUUAAGGGAUCAAAUUAAAGCUCAUCCUCUUUUAGGAGACCCUAACAGGGUUUUGCUGCUUACAUGCCACGGCUCAAUGGCAACAUCUGAACAGGAUGCCCUUAGUAAAUCAAGCUUUGAGAAAUACAGCUCCAAGGCACGUGAUUCUCUGUCAUGUUGGACACCUGAUUGCAUUGGCUUUAAUCUUAUAGAGGCUGUUUUAUGCCAUAUAUGUCGGAAGGAAAGAUCAGGUGCUGUGUUAGUAUUUAUGACUGGCUGGGAAGAUAUAAGUUGUUUAAGGGAUCAAAUUAAAGCUCAUCCUCUUUUAGGAGACCCUAACAGGGUUUUGCUGCUUACAUGCCACGGCUCAAUGGCAACAUCUGAACAGGAUGCCCUUAGUAAAUCAAGCUUUGAGAAAUACAGCUCCAAGGCACGUGAUUCUCUGUCAUGUUGGACACCUGAUUGCAUUGGCUUUAAUCUUAUAGAGGCUGUUUUAUGCCAUAUAUGUCGGAAGGAAAGAUCAGGUGCUGUGUUAGUAUUUAUGACUGGCUGGGAAGAUAUAAGUUGUUUAAGGGAUCAAAUUAAAGCUCAUCCUCUUUUAGGAGACCCUAACAGGGUUUUGCUGCUUACAUGCCACGGCUCAAUGGCAACAUCUGAACAGAAACUCAUAUUUGAGAAGCCACCCCAAAAUGUACGUAAAAUAGUACUUGCUACAAAUAUGGCAGAGGCAAGUAUUACGAUCAAUGAUGUAGUUUUUGUGGUUGACUGUGGAAAAGCAAAGGAGACCACUUACGAUGCUCUAAAUAAUACUCCUUGUCUGCUACCAUCAUGGAUAUCUCAAGCUUCUGCUCGGCAAAGAAGGGGCAGAGCUGGCCGUGUGCAGCCCGGAGAGUGCUAUCACUUAUACCCCCAAUGCGUCUAUGAAGCUUUUACCGAAUAUCAACUUCCUGAACUUCUGAGAACCCCUCUGAACUCUCUUUGCUUGCAAAUUAAAAGUUUGCAAGUUGGAAGUAUUGGAGAUUUUUUGUCAGCUGCUCUGCAACCACCAGAACCACUAGCUUUUCUGUUUGGAGGCUUUGGACAUGGCAUGCGAUGA